AUGAUCGACCACGUUUUAGGUCGUCCCUCCUCCCGCUUCCGCAAAGUCCAAGUCCUCCUUGCCGUAUCAUUUUGGUCCCUCUACCUCCUCCUCGGAAACCCACACGGUCCUCUUCCUCUCCGUCGACUCUCUACCUGGCUGUAUCAGCGGCAUCUUACACCAUGGCGCACAAUGGUUUUGACUCUGACAUACCUCUACGUUGCACGGAACUUUGCAAAAAUUGUCGGACUCGAGUCGCCUGAGCCGCUGGCGAAUCUUUACAAUAGGAGCUACUUCCGUGCAACGUGGAUCACAACUGCGCUGGACGCUGGGUUUUGGUCAGCUAUGAAAAUACGUCGAAAGUGGAUGAGAGAUAUCUGCAGCAUAAUCUUCACAGUAUAUUACCUGAUCGCUGCCGAACAAGCAGAUGAGAAAGUCCGCAAAGUUCGCGCAGUCAUGACUGUCGAUCAUAUGCGAGUGAGCUGGAACAAGAGUACUACGCCUUAUCUCUCGUUCUUUACUGGCUUGUUACGACCAAAGUUCACCAAGUACGGACCGAGACGAAUCACGAUAGCACGACCUAAACACAGUAGUUAUACCGAGCCAGUACAGGGUUGGAUGUAUUACAAUGGAACUCUGAAAGAGCUGGAGCAGGAAACAAAGCUAGUGCUCGAUAUACCUGGCGGUGGUUUCGUUGCUAUGAGUCCGAGAGAGAGCGACGAUAAACUUCUAUGCUGGGCUGGACGUAUAGGCAUACCUAUAUUGAGCCUGGAUUACAGAAAAGCACCUGAGUAUCCAUUUCCUUAUGCACUAAAUGAGUGCUUUGAUGUCUACAAGCAAAUCAUUAUAUCACGUGGUGCAUGUGUGGGCAUGAAGAGUGGCAGUCUACCGCGUGUAGUACUCACAGGCGACAGUGCUGGAGGAAACCUGGCCACUGGCACAACUUUGAUGAUCAUCGAGCACAAUACUAGUCAUGCUGCCUCAGGAAGAAGCAUGAUACCUUCGCCCGCAGGCUUGGUUCUGCUUUACCCAGCAUUGGAUAUGAACAUUGGUUCUUGGAUGAGCGAAGACCAGAUGGCUUUGAUUCGCAAACCUGGCACCCGCGCAAAGAAAGAAUAUGCAGGAUUCAUCAAGCGCAAAUCUGAAGACAUCGAUCGUCGAUACACCGCCACUACGCCUCGACCGGCCGAGGACUCUGACGAGGACAAAGGCGUCAAUGGUGACUAUUUCUCGGCACGGCCUACUUCAGCCUCGCCUGAGCCACGUUCUAACACUCCUCCGAAGAAGAAAAAAGACAUCGACAUCGAAGCACAAAGACAGAAAUCACAAGAGCACAAGCCUCAGCAGUUGAGAACGCGACUUGCUGUAUCGUCUAUCAUUUCAUACUACAAUGACCGUAUCCUUACCCCAGAGAUGAUGCGCGCAAUGGUGAUUCUAUACGUUGGACCUCAUCAAUUACCGUCCUUCCGAACAGACCACCUUCUCUGCCCAGCAGUCGCACCUGAGACACUAUUGACGAAAUUCCCAAAGACCUAUUUCCUUACUGGUGAACGAGAUCCUUUAGUCGACGACACCGUCUUCUUCGCUGGACGCCUUCGAGAAGCCAAAAGGAAAAACUUUGAAGAGCGGAAAGAGCUUGGCUUGGAGAAAAGUAGUGCAAACUUUGACGAGAGAGCACACGUCGAAGUCUCACUCAUCCCUGGCAUAUCUCAUGGUUUCGUACAAUUCGUAUCGAUAUUCCCAGAAGGCUGGAAGCACGUUCACCGCUGCGCUGGCUGGAUCUCAGACAUUUUCAAUAAGCCACCACAUAAUUUCGAAGGUCCUAGUAUUGAAGCCGAGUUGAGAAGGAGUAGCCUGCAAGGUCUACACCACGCAGCAGGAAGUGGCAGUGAUUUUGCCACGCCUACGACUCGUCACCACAGGCUUGAUGCCACCGCAGGCACAUCUGGUGAGAGCGAAGGUGACGACGACGCACCACUGGCCAUGACAAGCACCAAUGGGGCUGCCGAUAAGCGUCGCACCCACAAGAAGAACAAAAGGCGGCGCGAUCGUUCGACAUCGAGAAGUCCAAGUCCAUCAUCCGGCAAGGACAUUGAUCUAAGCAGCCUGCCAUCAGAAGAAGAUUUGCUGAAACGUCGUAUGCAGGGGUUGACAUUUAGCUUGAUGGGUUCUGAGGCGUAG